AUGGGCAAGCGAAAGUACGGGAGCUUGUCGGCGCACGACGGGCAGACGAUCGAGCUGUCCAACAUGAAGCGGUCGUCGCAGGCGUGUGACCGGUGCCGGCUCAAGAAGAUCAAGUGCGACGGGCUGCGGCCGAGCUGCACGUCGUGCAAGAAGAUCGGGUACCAAUGCAAGACCAGCGACAAGCUGACGCGGCGCGGGUUCCCGCGGGGGUACACGGAGAUGCUGGAGCGGGAGGUGAUCAAGCUGCAGCGGCUGCAUGGGGGCGAGGGCAUGGCGCCGGCGCCGGCGCAGACGUCGCCGCUGCCGUUCAUCAACGACUCGUUCCACUACUACGUGAACUACACGGACGGGGAGACGUACCUGGGGAACGCGACGUGGCAGGCGGUGCUGAACGGGGGGCUGGAGGCGGCGGUGGUGCCGUCGGACGACGCGUCGCUGGCGCAGUACCUGGACCGGACGUUCCAGAUCGACGGGACGGGGCUGCCGGCGGUGCUGGCGCGGCUGCACGGGAACGACAUAGCGGCGGCGCGGGCGGCGGCGCGGGCGCGGGUGUCUGCGUUUGUGAAGGAGCACGUGCUGGUGCCGCUGCUGCACGGGAACAACUGGAAGGCGCGCCUGAAGGGCGCGCUGGCCGCCGGGCGCGGGCGCGAGGAGGACCCGACGGCGAUCCUGGCGGCGAUGUACGUGCUACAGUGGAACUACAGCCUGUUCAGCCCGGAGGCGCUGUUCAACGUGACGAAGGUGGUGGUGGUGCUGUCGCGGGACGGGCUGUCGGCGCUGCAGAUGCUGCUGCUGGCGACGUACUACUUCAUGUCGUUGCCGAAGCAGCUGACGACGCGCCAGACGCCGGCGACGGCGUGGACGAUCCAGCUGGUGCACCUGGCGUUCUCGCAGGUGACGGCGCAGGGGCUGUUCAUCAACUACAAGAAGCUGCUGCCUGUGGGCGCGGCGGACGAGAAGGGCGCGGCGGCGCGCGACUCCGCGGAGCUGUACGAGACGCGGCUGCUAACGUUCUGGUCAUUCCAGCUGCUGAGCGCGCUGUGGUCGCUUCUACAGGGGCUGCCUAAGACGAACUUUCUGGCCGACGAGUUCCACCCGCCCUCCGUGUCGAGUCUGAAUAUCCCGUCUCUCCGCCCCUUUGAAAUUCUGCUUGAGCACAUCUUGCAGCUAGAUGGCUGCAACGUUCUGCAGGUGAUGCAGGCCCAGAAUCCGAGAUACACCUAUGUCGUCGAGUCGUUCAGACACACUUUGAAUCACUGGAAGCUGUAUCACAACCUGCAGGACCACGAUCUCAACGAAAUCACUGUGAACAACAACGACAGGAUAGAGAUCCAACUCACGCUCUCAUACCUGCUUCCGCGCUGGCUAACGGAGCAGGACUCUCCCGAUUCGCACCACUUGUCGUGGGAGAUCUUGUCGCUGUACUAUUUGUUGAUUGCUAACGAGCAGGGCUCUGCGGCAACCGCGUCUCAGCCCCCCGUUUUGAAGCUGAUCCACUUUCUGCCAUGGGACAACUGGAACCUCAUUUCUGCAUGUUUCCAGAAUCUGACCAAGGCCCCCCAAGACAUUGACCGUUAUACCUAUGAGAAGUACCGCGAUUUGGUGACCAAUUGGACCCACCUCUGGUACGAGGACGACUUCGCAUACAAAAAUGCGAUGGAGCGCUUUGACGUCAAGGACAGUGAGCGCUUUGGAAAGCCUGUUAACCUCCCUCAACUCAUCCGCAGCAUGCGUAGCGGGCCCGCGCAGAAUACAUCGAAUCGGCCGCUGCUUCGACCCCUAAGGUCUUCGUCGAAUCUCUCGACGGAGGACCCCUUCAACAUGUUCAGCAGCGUCCCCCCCGUCGAAAAUCUUCCCUCACAGUGGUUCUUGAUGUCGCCUGGGAUUGAUGUCGUCUCCAAUUACACAUCCUCAGCCAAUACCAAUGCCGUUUCUGUCGGCCAGACCAAUAAUAGUUAUGCUGCUGUGCCCCCGUACAACUACGGCACCGUAGCAGCUGUAGGUCUAAAUAGUCUCAUUACUACGGAGACGUUUCCGUCGCUGGCCGAGGACGAGGAUGGAUAUGUGGAGGACGACGAGAAUGAGGACGACGACGAGGGAGGACCAAUAACUUUCGGAAUGCACCGGCGGUCCAACCCCCACACGCUCCAACAAGCAGAAAAUCAGGCCUUAUUUAGCCAUAGCAUCCCCACACGUAAAGUCGUGGCGCGCGAUCAGGUUCUGAUAGGCGGUAAGGCUCAUCUUGGGCGAAAAAAUAUCUCCACAGAUAGGGUGUCCGCUUGCUCGCCAGCCAAAGACUCCAAAUUGUCCCACGCCCGUUAUGGGCUUGUGCCUGACUCAUUGGGCAGCGAAGCCACUUCCCAAGGAAACCAACUUGAUAACCCACGCAUUCAGAAAAAGACGCCACCCAAUACUGCCCCACAUGUCAAUUCUCCUUCGACUGCUACUCCGAGAUCGUUAGUAGACUUACUUAUAUUGCCCAUGACAACUGAAAAGACCUCUGGAGACGGGAUUACCACACCAAAAGAAGAAGAUACAGUUGUCAGGAGCAAGGCCUGA